AUGGGUAUCCUUGCACAACACGUCCCUUCGAUCGAACAGUUGAAGCCCGGUUUGGUCGAGAUCAUCGAGGAAAGUGGUGGCAGCAAACAAUUCUUCUUAUCCGGAGGUUUCGCCGUCGUCCAGCCCAACUCGGUCCUGAGCAUAAAUGCGGUGGAAGGCUACCCCCUCGAGGAAUUCAGCAUCGAGGCCGUCAACUCGCAAAUAGCCGAGGCUCAAAAGAUUGCCAGUGGCAGUGGAAGUGAGCAGGACAUCGCCGAGGCGAAGAUUGAGAUUGAGGUUCUCGAAUCCCUCCAAGCCGCAUUGAAAUAA